AUGGCCGAUAAGGUUCUGUCGGUGAGUCGGAGUUUUCUCUCAAAAAAAGAUAAGGACUCCGUCACAGACUCCUGCUCCGUGUACAGAAGGAGAUGGUACAUCUUGAUCGUAUUCUCUUUGAUCGCUGGAGUGCAGGCAGCGGCUUGGAACACGUGGGGUCCUAUAGCGGGAUCCGCUGAAGAUGUUUUUGGCUGGAGCGAUGGAACGAUCGCGCUCCUCGAGAACUGGGGGCCGAUCGCUUAUAUUGUGUCCUUCGCACUCUUUUCUUGGCUUUUGGACGUCAAAGGUGUGCGAUUUUAUUAUUUUUCUCGUCAUAAAAUCAUGCUUCGAUGGUUGGAUAAAACAUGCUUUUGCACGCACCAUUCAAAUGCACACCUACGGCUCGUACACGUGUGUUUGUUUCGCAUGGAGUGAUUUUAUGAAUACAGCACCAGAUGCAUGAAAAGCGAUCAGAUUGUCUUAUGCCUUCUUGUGUGUCAUGUAUUAUUUAGACAUUUUGGAGCUUAUGUUGUUAUUGUACGGUAAUCCAUUACGUCAUACUCCGCCCGGAUUAACAAGCAAUUUGUAAAACAAUAGGGAAAGGUUGAUCUAAUUAAUACUGCGUUGUGGUUCGACUUCGGCGGAGACAUGCCGUGAUAUUGGCUGAGAGAGAAAUUGAAAGUAGACUUCAAGAUUAUUGGCAAAAUUAUGUUAAAUUUAGUCUACUGUAAGGCACAAGUUGCUAAUUGUGUAAAUGAUGUGGCAAAGGUUAGCAAAAAAGCUGCUGAUGACAAACAUUGUGUAAUGCAAUCUUUUGGUUGGGGGGAGGGGGGUUGUGUCUUUUCCCAUCUGCAUUUUUUGUUGCAAGGGUAUUGUUUAAUAAUGAUUGAAAAUUGUUGAAUGAUGUGAUUCUGUUGUAGGUUUAAGGAUCUCAGUUCUAGUAACAGUUGCACUGAUGUUUGUAGGAACAGGGAUUAGGUGUAUCACAUCAAAACCCAAACCAGCAACAUGGUAUGUCCAAUGUAAUUGUAACUGGUUAAAAUAUUUGCUGAUCUUAUCAAAGACUUGGAAUUUUUUCUUUGUUAUCAGAUUUUUAAUACCUGUAAAGCAAUUCAUUUUUUUCAAUUUUCAAUAGGCUAAUACACACAGGUCAAUUUUUUAAUGACCUUGCAGCACCAGUUGCCAUGGGUGCUCCACCCUUGGUGUCCUCUACAUGGUUCCCCCCUAAUCAGAGAGCAACAGCAACAGCAAUCUCAUCAUUAAUGAGUUAUGUUGGAAUAUCAAUAUCAUUUGGAGUAGGGCCUUUUGUUCUCAAUCCCACAGAAGUUGCAGAUCCUUAUCUGCCUAACGCAGAUAUUUACAAUAACUCUCACAAGGACAGUGUUGAUUUGGGAAAUAAUAGUACAAACAGUUAAGUUCUCUUUGUCAUUUUACUUCCAUUUGGUAUUAAUAAUUAUUAGUAGACAUCUAUCUGUUUGCAAUAAUGAUGCACUACAGUUUUAAGACUAAUGAUGAUGAAGAACUAAGGUUGGUAAUGCUCUCAUGUAUAGGAUAUUGCAAGGAAGUGAGGGAAUUUCCUAUGUAAACAAGUUAUGUUUGAAAGUUCGUUCAUUGGACAAGUCAUAGCAUUGUAAACUGAUCUUUGAAAGCUUUAAUUCUAACCAAAUCCCAUAGUGUACCCUAUUGUAGUAAAUUUAUGCAUAGUAAUCAUAAUAAUUUGGCAGUGGUUAUUCCACAAGGUGGCUCUUUCUAACCACUGUUUCCAGAUCGAAUUGGAAUGCUAGUUUUUGUGGAGGAAGGAAAACAGGAGGACCAAGAAAAAACCCUCAGAGUAAUGUUGAGAACCAAUAACAACCCCAACCCACAUGUGACGCCAGGUCUGGGAAUCAAACCUGGGCCACAGCAGUGAGAGGCGAGUGCUCUCACCACUGCACCAUCUCCACUCCUCCCAAUUCAUUCAUAAUUGACCAAUCAGGCAGAAGAUAUUUUGUUAAAUGUGUUAAUAAUUAACAUCUUUAUUUAGCUAUUAGACAAUAAUAAGUAAUAUAAUUUUGUUGUUCACUUACCACACAGAGAUGUCUUGGGAUGAGGCUGUGUCUACUGCAAGGUGGCAUAUCAUGCUUUAUAUGUACAUUGGUUAGUAAACAAAGAUUGUGAAAUUUUGCAAAAGUUUAGGUGCAACAUAACUUUGUGUAGCCCUUUGGCAACCAGGACCUUUCUGAAUUUGUUUGUUGUCCUGAACAAUGUAUAAAAUCAAUCUGUCUGCUGUGAUAUGAAGCAACUGGGGUAGGAGAAUAAUUAUUGAUUUAAGUUCUCCUAGAUGAUUAUACCUUUUUAUAUCAGGUUUCUAAUCCUUUAACUCCAAAGAUCUGAUUGUUAAUUCUCUCUUCUAGCUGCUACACAUUUUCUCAUAAGCAAGUUACAAGAAUUUGGUUUUAGAUCAAGGUAACAACUUCUACCUGAUAAGUUUGAGUAAUAAAAUGCCUAACCAUCUCUUCUGAAUUCCACAGAGUUUGGAUUGGUGGCCUUCUUGUUUCUGUGUGUCUUGGUGUACUUCCCAGCAAAGCCUCCCAGGCCACCCAGUUUUUCUGCUGCCAAGAAAAAAGUUGACUAUGUAGAAGGUGGAAAAAGACUCAUGAAGUGAGUCUUAACUUUUUUUUAAAGAUAUCUCAGUAUUUGACAUUGUUUUUUUUGUUGUCACUGAGCCUCUCUAAGAAUUACCAGGACCCUCUGAAUGAAUCUGAAUGGGUCACCCUGUGGCCAUCCUGUGUAGUUUACCUUACCUUAUCCUACUUUACCUGCAAUCAUUUAUAACAUGAAAUCAAAUUGAGUACUUAGAGAGAUUCAGAAAAAGUGUUUGAAGAUUUGUAAAUAUUAGGCUAUGCUGACCCUAUUGCUUUUGCUGUUAUUUUUGUAGAAAUUGCCAGUUCUGGAAUUUAAACAUUCUUUAUGGAGCAACAACAGGUAAAUUUGUAAAACAUAGCAUUGCAAACAGUCCAUCAUACCCUCAUUUGUGACUGAAAGAGGGUUGUGUAUCUCAGCAAGACCAUGCAAAGGGAGUUUCACAAAAGGAAACACAGUAUGGUGUCAUAUUUUCCUGUGAAAUUUACCUCAGGAAAGAAAAUUUCCUGUCCUUUAUCUAAAUUGUUGUUGGCUCUUUUGGUUUUGCCCACUUGACAGCAGAUUAAAUUAGAAAAGAAGGGCUACUCGCAGAAAAGUGAAAUCCAUUAUAUUGGCUCUCAAGUGUAAAGUCCUGUUUAUCAGUGAAUUCAGAAUGGUACAGGUACUGUAAGAAAGAGACACAAAAUGCAAAUGACAAGUUUCCUCUACAUGCUUAAAUUCAUAUUGAUAAUAUUUUUCCUCAAGGUGUUUUCAGUGGAUGGGGAGGAGUGUUGGCAGUGAAUCUCUUGGCAUUCAACUUAAAACAAGUAAUUAUCUUUCUUGCUACUCAUUAAAGAGCUUUCUCUUCUUUAAGCUUAGCUCACUCCAGUGGCUGCCUAUUCUAACUUAUUUUGAUCAAGACUUAAUUUCUGGUCAAAGUUUCAAACCUGUCACCUUUAUCAGUUUGCUUGAUCACCAGCUGUUUCAAGGUAGGUUGUCGUGGUAGAACAGAAAAAUGUCACAGUACACAUGACAACUGCAAAAGGUACUGUGGUGGUACUCAGGUCACAGUUCCUUGACCUCAGAUUUCAGGGAAAUCUGAAAAAAUGUCACUUUAAGGACAAGUCAUCAUGGGUUGGUGAAUUAAUUAAUUUAUUUGACUUAUCAUAAUUAUUCACUGAUCAUUAAAUAACCUUUUGACAUGGUUGCAUUCACCUUAUUUCCUACAACCUUUCAUAAAACAGCUGUAUGCCCCCCUUCCAUUCUGGUAGUAACCCUUUAACUCCCAUGAGUGACCAAGAGAGAAUUUCUCCUUAAAAAAACAAUACAAUAUCAACCAGAUAAGUGAUGAGAAUUAAGAAAAGUAUCAAUUUGGAGAUAAUUAGUGGAUCCAAUACUAAAUUCUCUGAACUAAUAUUGUUAGAAUUGUAUGGUUGACAGUAAGGAGAAUUACAAAUUUGAUCUGGGAGUUAAGGGUGAAAGCUUCCCUCAAAAAACUUUUUGCUGUGGAAAUUCAAAAAUGACUCUUACUGAUUGGUGUUAGCAUGUUAUUUAUCUGAUAAUUUAAGAUUUGCUAAAUUGCAAUAUUUUUUGUGUCCUUUUCUGAGCACAUCCACUGCUUAUCCCCUUGAGAAGACUCAAUCAUCAAAUUGGUGAAUAAUAUAUAAAUAAACUCAAGCAAGAGAGAACAUUUGAUAUUUGAUUUAUUUUAAGGAUACUGCUGGUUGGAUCGGUUUCUAUGCCAACAUCACAGGUUGUGUCUUUGGAUUCAUCAUGGCAAGGUAUUAAAGGGUGGAGGGGUUGGAUUAUUGGUAUAGGUUGCAUGCGACAUAGAAUUACGUGGCUGAGAAGGACUGAGUGGCUUGAAAUUUGUUUUUAUGACGGGAGGGGAGGGUUAGGCACUGGUGAAAGAGAUAUAGGAAAGUGAUUGAGGCUAGAAUACUCCUCUGUCUCUGGAAGAGUAUUCUGUGAUCAGGGUUUGUUUUUUCUUUUUGUGUUUUCUACCAUGAUGAAAGAUAGGGAAAAACAAGAGUAAACAAGCUAUCGUAAAUUGCUACAAAUUUUCCUUUUUUUGUACGGAUCGUUAAUAUGUGGAAUAAUUUGCCUAAAGAUAUUGUACAUGCAGGAUCAUUGACUUUAUUUCGUAACAGACUAAAGAUUUACAUGAAUAUUGAUUGAGAUGAUGGUAAACAGUUUUUAAUUAUCUGUGUAUAAUGUUUUGGUCUUUUUAUUCGGGGAAUCUUUUGUAUAGGGUUAACCUCUAGAAUAUCCCCUUUUGAGAGAUACUUUUAUAAUUUUUUUUUUCAUUUUCCUUCUCUUGAAUAAAGUAUUGUCAUUGUCAACGAAUGCAGUCCUUCACAAUCAUCAUCUUUAAACGUAACCCCCCCCCUCCCCGAAAAUCUUUUUUUUUUCUGUGUAUAAAUUGAUACAGGGUGAGAUCCAUAAGCUCUCAAAGUAUUCCUUGAAAUAUGUUAGAAAUACACUUGAAAGACUUUUGCCAGCUCGCAGUUUGGGUAAAAACUAUUUGAAUCAUGUUCUACCCGGUCUCGGGAUUUUUUUUCUUUUCUAUCUUUUUUUUCGUCCUCUGUCCGAAGCAGAAAUGCAAAAAAUAACAACAGAAACUCAGAUGCCCUUUGUAUCUAGACAAGGGAGUGCUCACAGUUUAUCAUUAGGUAAAAGAUGAAAAUUAUUAUAACCUAAAAAAUGUAUCAUAGGUUCAAUAUUUGUUAUUUAGUAAUGUAAAAAUUUCCUUUUUCUAGGUUUGCUGAUGUGUUUACCGGGCACAUGAAGUUAUUCCUUAUCUUCCUGUUCCUGGGUUCUACUGGCUCGUUUUUGUGGUUUUCACUUCUCUGUCAAAGAUUUAUUCCAUUUUCAAAAGGUGCGCAAAGUUGAUUAUUCACGUAGUGUACAAGGAUUGCACGUGCUCGUGUAUACUGUUAAUAACGAAACCUCGUUUUUUUCUGCUCGAAGAAACGUGGUUAAUAAGAUAUAUAUUUUAUCUCUGGGUUCAAAUAGUAGGGCAAGAAUGGUUGGGCGUGGUAGGGGCUCCAGGCAUUCAGAUUUGACAGUCCGUCGCUCCACCAACUAAGUGACGGUGAUAAGUUGGUUUUAUCGACUGAGUUGACAACGUGAAUUGGCCACCGUAAAGAGUUUCCAAAGCUGACUUUUCGAGCGUUAGCCCUUUGUCAGAGCGAAAGACGAAGGCGCUGACGAAGCGCUAACGCUCAAAACGCCACCCUUAUGUAAAGGACGGAGAACUCGUUGGCGAGUUAGGCCAUACACUAGUUUUCUGUGCGACAAGCGACACAUAAACGAUGAUAUAUGAUAUAUACACUCCAACCAACUACUUCUCACAACGAAAUUCUUCCUCGUUUAAAUGCUGAUUCAUUUUUCCUUCAGUGUGGCUGUACAUCUCCGCAAUCCUCGGCGGUUGCUUUAUCAAUGGUUCCAUCCCGCUGUUUUAUGAGCUCACGAUUGAAACAACGUAUCCUAUUGCGGAGGGAAUUCCUAUGGCUGUGGUGACUACCUCUAAUCAUUUAUUCUGCCUGCUGUUUUUGGCUGCAUUGAUGAUUCCUGGAAUAGGUGAGAUGACUAUUUACACUACAGUAAUUUUUCAAUCGUAUUUAGUGGCGUACAACCAAAUUCAUGCUGGCCAGUCGCAUUAUUGCCAUAAAGCACCAGUACGAACUUAGGGUACGAGUUAAAAAAAAAAAAAAAACCCCAACUUUCUAAACCAUUAUAAACGCGAAUUACAUAAUAAAGAGGUUUAAUUUUGCAUCUGGUUGGUUGAGAGGAUGGCGCAAUAGGCCAAUAACAUGGCAAAGUAAAGAAAUAUCAAUGACUUUAGAGAGGGUGGAAAAGGGUUAUACGUGACGCAUGAUGAAGGCCACAAAUUGAUAUGUGACGUGUGAAAUUUACAGAAAGAUUUGAGUGAUUCGUAAAUUGUUGAACCAGCGUGAGGCGUGAUAUGCCCCCUGAAAUAUACGUGACCCGUGAAUACGUGAUCUACAAGGUGUUACAUUUGCGCUUGCUUUAUUAAGUGCGACCUGGCGCGCCUUUUGUAUCACAAACUAUUGGAAGAAAGCGUCAGUGACGUGUCUCGACGUGAUACUGCGCUUGCGCAAUUCAGUUAAGUUUAUAUUUAGAUGAGUCUGUUGUACUCUAAAGACCUUCUUGGAACUGAUUUUCGAUAUGAAGACUGAAUUCUCUACCUGAAUCUUCCAUUUAGGAACCUUGUGGAUGAAUUGGUGUAUGGUGGGCAUUUGCGCUGGAUGUAUUCCUCUUUUACUACUGUUUAAAGAAAAGUACUCUCGCCUUGAACUGGAUGCAGCAAAUAGGAAAGCGAAGCGUACUGGAGCAAUACAAAACACAAGGCAGGACGAGGAAACUCCGCUCAUAUCUUCGGUGGAAAUCGGUUAUGGCGGAGGUGAAAAAAAUGGAGUCCACAACAGGAAUGGUUCAACAACUUCUGAAGUUUAAAUGCUGUACUUAUAGGGCUAUUGACAGUUGGUACAGACUUUAGAGCAAUCUUUGCAUCUUUAAAAAUGAUAACCUUUAAAAUUCAAAUGGAAUGAAAUACCCAAAAUAAGAAUCUGAUCGCUUUGUAUGACGUGUACUGAAAUACCCAAAGUAAGAAUCUGUUUGAGAAGGGGGUUCGCUUUUUAUGACGCCGUGAGGGGCUCCUGAUGACGUGUACAAGGGUGUGUGGUGCCACAGAUUGUCAAUUUAAGUCACUUGCUUUUUUUAUUUUUUGUUUCUUCUUUUUUCAAAAGGUGUUUACUUGGAAUUUUCCUGGCCUGGAUUAUUAAGGAUGUUUGUUUUUAGUACUGCAAUCUGCAAUCGGGCGCUUACUCAAGAAUUCCUAUUGAGCAGCCUGGCAUUAGAACGUACAAAUUUUGGCCUCCCUUUUUCCUGUCUAUCUUGAAGUGAUUUACCACAGGUAAUAAAGUUUCAAGAUGUAAGACUCCAAGGGUAAUCAGCAAUAUGACAAUCGUGAUAAAAUUAAUUCGGUCAACCCUUUGACCCAUAACAAUAGUAACUUGCGUCUAAUUCCCCCCCCCCCUCCCGCUUUUAAUAUUAUCCCCUGAAUCGAUGGUUAAGGCACAAGAGUAAAGAAAAUUAUUACCAACGUAAGAAGCACUUAGUUCGUAAAGAAAUUCUCCUUGUCAGCACCAUAGAAAAUACAUAGAAAACAGUAUGGAGAAUAUGCAUACUGAUCUCAGGGUGCAAGGGGUUGAUCUUUUCUUGAUACAAUGUAUCACGAGGUUUUACUUAACAAAUGUCACGGAAUAUACUUUGAUCCAAAUCUAGUUUUAAUUUUCAAUUUAACUGAGAUGAACCUUGUAGCAUCCAGUUUAACAAAAUUACUAUUGUCGUAUUUGCUUCCUCCUCCGGAAUGUAUUUUGUACAUGUACAUGAAAUGUUUACUUGCUGUUUAAUCUUUCCAUUUCGAGGACGCUAUUAUAUGUAAUUCUGUUGAAUGUUCACCGUAGUAUAAGAUCAGAUUCUGAUAGUUGACAUUUCAGCUAUUUAAUGUGUUAAUUUAAAACCCUAUUAAACGAGAUGACAUAUUUAUGAAAAAUCUCCUAUUAGUUGCUGGAAACAACAUUGGUUGUGUUUCAGUGCAUGCUCAGAGAAUAAUUUUUUGUAGUAACGAAAAUAGGUACAAUGCGUUAGUUAAAUGUAAUAUUAAUUUGAAAUCUUCCUGUCGAUUUAUGAGCGGUGGAUUUUUUUCCUUUAUCAUUUACGGAGGAAAACGUAUUGAAGUACAAUUCAAUUUAUAGAUCAGUAUUUAAAUUUUUACUUGCCUUUUAGGAGUCUUAUCAGAAGCAUAUGAUAUAAUUUUGCUUCUACUCAAAUGAGCUGCAUACUCAAAAUUGUACACGUCCAAUGAGUUACAGUAAUGAUAGAAUUAUGUAUUAAAAUGCAG